AUGUCCGACCCUUUCGUUAUCAUUGUCGGGGGCGGCCCCAGUGGAACCUUGCUUGCUCUCCUGCUAGGAAAGCAAGGCAUCCCUGUGCAGCUGCUUGAAGCUGCUGAGAAGUUUGACGAUCGUCCAAGGGCCACACACUAUGCUCCUACUGCUGUGAAAGAGUUGCAGAGAGCAGGCGUCUUCGAGGACAUGAAAGCCAAAGGCGGGUUUCUCCCUUCGGGUGUUUGCUGGCGCAAACUCCAUGGAGAUAUCCUGGCUACCAUCAAUGGGCCGUCUGAGGACGAGCCGCACCCGUUGAUUUGUUUGCCCCUGAACCAGUUACACGAGAUACUCGAGGAGCAUCUGAAAAAGUACCCUAGCAUUGAUGUUCGCUUUAAUCAUCGAGUUGUUGGCCUCGGUCAGAAUGACUCUAAUGCCUGGGUUGAAGUCGAAUCUCCCGAGGGCAAGAAAUCUUUCAAAGCGCAAUAUGUUGUAGGAUGCGAUGGAGCUAGCAGCAUCAUCAGACGGAGUCUAUUUGGUGAUGAAGACUUUCCUGGGUUUACCUGGGACGAGCAGAUUGUUGCCACAAAUACAUACUACCCUUUCGAGAAACAUGGGUUCACAAUUGACUCAAGCUUCAUCGUCCACCCUGAGCACUGGUAUAUGGCCGCCAAGAUUACUAAGGAUGGCCUGUGGCGUGUUACUUAUGGCGAGCUGCCAGGCUUGACAUACGAAGAAUUGAAGGAGCGACAACCCAUGAAGUUUAAGACUAUGCUACCCGGUCAUCCCGAUCCGGAGGACUAUGAGAUGGUCAGCUUCAGUCCUUACAGGGUACAUCAACGAAUGGCCCGGAAAAUGCGCAUGGGGCGGGUAUUGCUAGCUGCCGAUGCUGCGCACUUGUGUAACCCGUUUGGUGGAUUUGGCCUGACUGGAGGAAUCGUCGAUGUCGGUGGGCUGCACGAUUGUCUCUUUGGAAUUUACAACGGGUUGGCCGAUGAAGGCAUAUUAACGCUCUACGACGAGGUGCGACGGGCCAAGUAUAAUGAGAUCGUUAACCCAAUCUCAAGUGAAAACCUUCGCCGCCUUUUUGAUCAAGAUCCAAACGAAGCGAUGCAGAAAGAUGAGUUUCUCAUGUUAGUCAAGAAGGCCGAGACGGAUGUCAAAACACGGAACAUGCUUAACGAGGGCGCUAUGGCCUUACAGCAUGACUUCACUCAGUAUUAUAAGACCUCCACAAGAAAGACAAACGGGGAACGUCGGGAUCACGUGUUGUAA